CGCAGUAGCAGAGGAUCCAUGUCGAUCAAGAGCUUAGUGGAGCCUCGAGGACAUGACGUUGGCAAUUGCAACGCCUCGACUGCUCUGACUUUACGCGAGAUCAAGACGAGUCUCAUGGACACUGGGGCAGGUCGGAUGAGGUGACAGCGACGAGCUAAAGACGAAACGGCCAUGGCUCGGAGAUCAAGGUCUCCCUCGACACCCAAGGGGAAUGGACAUGCCACCGCGUCAGCUCCUGUUGACACCACGCACGAUUACACCGAUGAAGACCACGCCGGCGAUACUGCCAGCCAUGGGGCAAGAUCCAAGUCACUUCCCUGCCAUCCGUCACUGUAUCCGUCUGGCCAGACAUCGCUGUCCUCCAUCGGAAUCCAGGCCUUCCUCCUAGGCUUCACGCUCGCCGCGUCCUUGCUGUCAACAACCUGGCUGGUCCUGCACGAGCGAACAAUCUGGCGACUGCCUGCAUUCUUUGCGUGCCUCAGCUGGUUCCACUUUUUCGAGUACUGGACGACCGCUCACUUCAACACGCCCGCCACGCAAGCCGCGAGCUUCCUGCUCCUCAGCAACGGCAAGGCUUACAACACCGCACAGAGCCUGGCGGCCCUGGAGAUCGUCGUGUCCAAUUUUCUGCCUUCUUACCAAGCGCUUGGUGUCAGCGACUACACCAUUGCGGCGGGCAUCGUUCUCAUCGUCAUUGGACAAGUAGUGCGAAGUGUGGCCAUGGCUCAGGCUGGGACAAACUUCAAUCAUACCCCGCAGAAAGUCCGCAAAGAAGGCCAUGUCCUAGUCACCAGGGGAGUCUACGGCUGGUUGAGGCACCCUAGCUAUUUCGGCUUCUUUUGGUGGGCGCUUGGCACGCAGAUACUGGUCGGGAAUAAGAUUUGUACGUUUGGGUAUCUGCUUGUCCUAUGGUACUUCUUCCAGCAGAGGAUCGAAGUGGAAGAGAAGCUACUCGUCGAGUUCUUUGGCGAAGAGUACGAAGCGUUCCGUCAUCGCACGAGGACGGGUAUUCCGUUCAUACCUUAGACAUGAAUGGUAUGCAGUAUUCAAUUGCGUUGAUGAGCGCGCACCCUUUACACUCUCGUAUUCAUCCACCCUGUCACAACCAGUCCU